UUGUCACCGUCACCGCAGGGAACUACUGACAAUUUGUCUGUUUUACUACCUAGUUUCAGGAGGCGUUAGAUGAUUAUCUCUCUCUCUCUUAUUUCAAGAUGCUGUAGCUCAAAAAGGUUUCGUGAUGUACUUUUUACAGACUCAUCUCUCUUGAAGUUAUGAAAGUUAUGAAAAGUUAACUCGCCAGGGCAGACAUGCAAACGUUAAAUGGAGAUGCCAAGAGUGUGGAGUCCACGAAUCUGGUCACCUUCAUCAGAGUGUUUGAGACAUCCUAUUCCAAAUCUUGAACCUGCUGGCCUCUUCUAAACCUGUCCCCACACCUUCCCCUUAACACGGGUCCCAGCUGGCCUGCAGAAUUGCAAUGCUGGGUUGUCUGCUGCGUAGGAGCAUGUCUCACAGACUGAGCAUAUUUCUGGUGCUCUUCGGCCUGGCCUGGUGUCUACUGCUGCUUCACUACACCGUCACACAACCACGCCGCCAGACAAGCGCAGAACUCCGCCAACAGAUUCUUGAGCUCAGCCAUCGCUAUGUCAAAGUCCUCAGCGAGGAGAACCAGAACCCCUCACGGCCCCACGGCACCUCCAUGGCAGGAUAUGCUGAUUUGAAGAGGACAAUUGCUGUGCUUUUGGAUGAUAUUCUCAAUCGUUUGGUGAAGUUGGAGGGAAAAGUGGAUGCUGCUGUGAAUGCAUCAAUGCACAAUAUGUCCCGUUCUGCUGCUGGUGCUGGAGCACUCCUUGCUUCAGGUGUCUCUGUUUCCAGGCUCAUCAAAAGCAACAUGCCUUCCCAUCCGCCAGAUAGGCGAAGUAACCCUCUUCAGUUUCCACCACAAUCACCUGAUCGCCCACAUAGACAGCACUCUUUAAAAUAAUAAAUGGUGGCCAUGGACAUUUUAUGUGCCACCACAGAAAAGACUUGAAAAAUGCAUAUAUAUAUAUAUAUAUAUAUAUAUUUUUUUUUUAGACUGAAGCAGCUUUUAGACAUGUUUUUUUUUUUGUUCACAUGAGCUUCAGCUUGAAUGUUUUGUCUUUUAUUCAUGGAUCACAAAAUAUUUUAUAAUUUAUACGCUUUAUGGAAUUUUAGAACUGAGAGAGUAGUGGGACUAUAUUGAACCUUUUAAACGGAAGAGUGUUUUUUGAUAUCAGAAUGAGUGUUUCAUAAUAUAUCUGCAAAAGGCUCCACAAGUAAAAGUAUAACCUCCACCGCUACAGUUGCUAACAGCGUGUAGUGCACUUAGAUGGAUUCCAGAGCAAAGGUUUACAUGUGAGAUGAAUUGUUGGGAUUCCACAUACUGCUGUGCUUUAUCUAUUGAACAGUGGAGGAAGUUAGCAAAUCUAAAGAAUAUUUAUAUACUCAGUGAAUAGUUGGUUAAUUUAAGAAUGGGGUAAUAUACCUCAGUUGCUUUCAGUUCAUAGAACUGAAUACCAACAAAGCUGAAUGCAGCAGUUAGCUUUCCAUAAAGAAUUGUGCACCAUAUGUCACGACUGAAGCCAAUAAAUAUAAUAAAAUAUGUACCAGAUCUUUAAGAGUUCUGUUGUGUAAAAUGCCACCUCGCUGGCCCAACGGCGGAAUCCAGGGAAGUGGUUAAGGUAUCUGCACAUUCGUCUUUUUCGUGUAAGUGUGGCUGUAGCUUCAUAUCUAUUUUAUUUAGUUAAGACUCCAUUAAUAAUUGAAUAGGACUCCAAUUAUAUUAGACCUUGAUUUUAGGUUGAGAUUCCAAUUAUUAUUGAUCAUUAAUUGAGAUCUUAUCUAGAUUUGGAUAUAUAGUUAUUCUAGUCAAUUCUAAACAUUUAAAUUGCUCUCGUUCAUUCGGAAUUCUGACGUUCAGGGCCUCUUAUCGGCCACGUGCAGGGGUCCCACGAAACUCAGUUUGAUCUUUAGUCAGAGGUAAAUUGCUAAUACUAUUUAGAAUGAUUGCUACCAUAGCUUUUCUAUUUCUAAAUAGUAGUCUAACUUAGUUCUAUAGAUCUGUAUACACUUAAUUAAUGCAAUAAUAUCUCUAGACAGAGGUAAACGACUAAUAAUACAGUUUAAAUAGGCUGACCAAUACCAUUAUGCAAAUAGUAGCUUUGUUUAGUUCUAUACUUUCCUAUUACACUUGUGAAGAAUAGUAUUAACAUUAAACUGGGGUAGUGACUAAUAAUAUUUGGAUGGGUCGAUCAACGUUAAAUUGUACCAAAUAGUUUCUUUAGCAUUUACAGUAUAUUACACUAUACUAGAGCCAAAUGGUUAAUCAGAAAGCUAAGAUCCCAGGUGAAGUGCUUCGUGCUCCAUCAAAUACUGGGUCUUAGUAUGUAAUAACCCUGAUCACAGAUUUAUGGUAACAAGAAUUUUAUGUAAUUUUCUAAAGCCAAUCAUUUCAGAAUAAGUCAGAAUAGAAUCAAGUUUAACAAUUUAUUACUCAGGUAAAUAUGGAUCAAGCCAAUUAUAUAAUCAAUUCUGAAAUAAUCAAUACAAAACAUAUAAUGCUCAAAGAUGAAUCUUAAGAGUAGAUGCAAAGUUCUUCAGGAAAGUAUGUAGUGUAAGCACCACAGGGAUUUCUGGCUACAGAAUAUUCCAAUGAAUAAUGUGCUAAAUUUCCUUAAAGGGGAAAAUGUUUGAACAUAAAUGUGUGUUGGCAGUGUGUGUACACAACCACCCUAUCCACCCAGCCCCUUUUUUUUAAUCCCCAUUAAAAAUAAGCACUGAACAAUCCGUUCGCAGAUUCUGUACAAAGUGAAGUCACUUUGUACAGGCCCUGCCCACGACUGUUGACGGACACUGCAGACGGACAUGUUUGUUUGUGUGUGAUGUUUCGUUAUAGCGCUUAGCGAACGUUGUAACAGUAUUUGUGUGUGUUUGUUGCUCAUCCAUCAUUGCAAAACUGCUAAAUAAAUGUAUCAAAUAAGCAU